AUGACUUUAAAGGCGAUGAGCAUUGCACAGAUUAAAAGGUCAUCUCUAUUCCAAUGGUCUAGGACUGCUGAGGAGCGUCAAAGAUAUGGGAGUCACAUAUCCUUUAUUUUAGCGACGGAUGAGUCCAUCAUACCGACGUAUAGCGGGGAACGGAGGCCUAGAACGCCUAAUUUUGAUGUAAAAGAGAUUCUGAGAAGUCUACCCAGAUUAUUUCAACUAUAUCCGGUCAAGCAAUUGAACACUGUCAUAUUACGAUAUGCCAAUCAAACUAUCUCAUCGGCACAAGGAAUACAACAAGUGGAUUCACUCGAUCCAAUCUUUACUCUGCUCAUUAACCAUAAAGGACAUCAUCCAAAAUAUAGAAAAUCCAAUUGUAAUCUCGAUCUCAAUGUUUGGGAUUGGGAUGCUGCAAUCGCAUCGCGCUCUGUCGAUUAUCUACUCUCGAGCAAUGAGACACCUCAGUGUACUCUAACCUUCGUUUCAUUGGUAAUGGAUAAAUCAGGAUUAUUAUUUAUAACCUUAAUAGUUCACGUUUAUAACGAUUUAACGCGCGGCGAUAACAUAUGGCUAGUUCGGGGCGAUGUCGACUUUUCGUAUAGAGAAGUAGAAACGUGGGGUAAAGAUUACCCUCGUUGUAUUAACGUGCCUUACACUCGAACGCUCCUCGCGGCAGAAAAAAUCACCAAUAAUCUUGGUGGCAUAGUAGAAUCACCGUCAUAUUCUAUGCAGUCACCGAUCAAUAUUAGAACGAGCGAAGCCAUCAUGGCCGAUUUCGAGAAUUAUUCUCUGCGCUUCAGGGAUUAUAAAUUAGAGAGUUCUCGCACUGGCCGUUGGAGAAUAGAGAGAACCCGCUAUGGGUUGCUUUUAAAGGUAGACGGUAUAUUGCCUUUCAUCGAAUUAAAACUAGGGGGUGGGAACCCGCUAGCCUACGAGUUCGUGCAAGCACAUUUUCAUUGGGGCGUAGGCGGUGGAAGCGCGGUGGGCUCGGAACAUUCGAUUGACGGCCGAUUUUACCCGUUAGAAGUCCAUUUAGUGCAUAGGAGUCGAAUCGGGAAUAAAGAUAAAUUCGCUGUGGUGGCAGUGUUCUACGAAUUAAUCGAAGGAUCGAAUGCAGGCGUGCCAGAACCAAAGAAUUUGAUAGCCAUAACCGAUUCCCUGAAAUCGAGCAAAAAUGAGUUGAAGUCCGAAUUCCCUAUAAACUCCAGUUUCAGCCUGAACUUCCUCUUGCCGGCAACUAUUUGGCGUGGUAACGUUAACACUCCUUUCUACAAAUACCUGGGAUCGUUUACGGCUCCGCCCUGCAGCGAAACGGUGACAUGGUUGAUUAUGAAGGAACCCGCCAAAAUCUCUCUCCGACAAUUAACCGCGCUAGAAAAUUUGAAGCUAUGCAACGAAAAUAACCACACGUGUUUUCGUGAUAAAUACGUGGGAUCUAACAGAAGGCCCACCCAAUCGACUAACAAGCGGCCCGUUUAUUUUGUCUCAGCCAAUGGGAAAGUUUCCGCCGCGAAUACAAAAUUUGCGCGAGGAGAAAAGUGGAAGAAAGAAGAACCAAUCGAAUAUAUCUCAGCCAAAAUCUCCAAUCAGAUUUGAAAUAAUUUAAAUUUCUUUAAUUUCAUUUUCCUUAUAUUUUAGUGGUUUCCG